AUGAGGACCCUAUCAUGGAAUGUUAGGGGCUGUAAUGCCCCUAACAAGAUUUGCUUGAUCAAAAGGUGUCUUGAUCAAGUGAUACCAGACAUUGUCUUUUUGCAAGAAACAAAUAUCAAAGAAGAGGAUUUUGGUGUUUUUGCUAGGAGGUUUCAUUCUUGGAAAAGUAGUCUUGUGGGAGCUCAAAGUGCUUCUGGUGGCCUUGAUGCUCUUUGGCGGGAUUCAGUUGUUGAAGUGGAUGUCAUUAGAAUUGAUAGAUGGUGGCAGUGGCUGAAGAUAAGAUCGAAGCAGUUACACACCAGCUUUUUCUUUAUCAAUAUCUAUGGACCUAACAAUUCUAAUUUGAAAUUGCAGCUAUGGUCUGAGUUAUCAGACAUUCUAAGGAAUGAUAGGGAAAACUUGUUCAUUCUUGGUGGAGACUUUAAUGCUCUACUUCGCCCUUCAUACAAGAUAGGUAGUGUGGGUUGGAAUAGACAUAUUCAUAGAGACUUUAAUGCUUUUGUCAUGGAUUCUGGGCUACUUGAAAUUCCCUAUAGAAUGGGGGAUUUCACUGGACUAAUAGGAGGAGUGGUUUUUUGA